GGGGAAACUCUUACCUAAGGCCGCAGUGGCAGCAGCAGUAGCUCUGGCAGGAGCAGAGGAAGUCAAGCAAAGCCAAGGAGAAGAAACAGAAGCGGUUGGAGGAACGAGCAGCUAUGGAUGCUGUCUGUGCCAAAGUGGAGGCUGCCAACAAGCUCGGAGAUCCCUUAGAGGCCUUCCCAGUGUUCAAAAAAUAUGACCGAAAUGGGUUAAAUAUCACCAUUGAGUGUAAGCGAGUCUCCGGGUUGGAGCAGACUACAGUGGACUGGGCUUUUGAACUCACCAAAACCAAUAUGCAAACCUUGUAUGAGCAGAGCGAGUGGGGAUGGAAGGACAGAGAAAAGCGGGAGGAGAUGACAGACGACCGGGCCUGGUACCUUAUUGCUUGGGAGGAGAGCUCCGUCCCUGUCGCCUUCUCUCACUUUCGGUUUGAUGUGGAGUGCGGGGAUGAAGUCCUGUACUGCUAUGAGGUCCAGUUGGAAAACAAGGUGCGGCGGAAAGGUCUGGGGAAAUUCCUCAUCCAGAUCCUCCAGCUCAUGGCCAACAGCACACAGAUGAAGAAAGUCAUGCUAACAGUAUUCAAGCACAAUCACGGAGCGUACCAGUUUUUCAGAGAAGCGUUGCAGUUUGAAAUUGACGACAGCUCCCCUAGCAUGUCCGGCUGCUGCGGCGAUGACUGCUCCUAUGAGAUCCUGAGCCGGAGGACGAAAUUCGGGGACAGCCAGCACUCCCAUCCCGGUGGGCACUGUGGCAGCUGUUGCCACUGAGGCUUCCUGCCCCAGCCCGAGCCGCUUCUUCCCGGCGCCCGGCCCCCUUCGCCUCGCCUCUCGCCAUUCUACCGACCAGCCACCUCUGCCUCUCAGGUUCCCCGGGGCCCUGCAGGUGCCGGACUGCACCCCAAAAGCACAGAGUCAUGCCCCUCCUCACUGGGUGAGGGACACACCGAGCUUCUCUUCCUUCCCCACAGACUUGAAGGACGGGAGCAGUGCAGGGAGUGAGCCCUCAGGGGACGGAACCGUGUGGCACAAAACGGAGGAGUCCCCUCCCGCUUCUCCAAGCUCCCCCCUGUAAGGGGCGGCUCUUGGGAUUGAGCCAGCCUGUCGGACAGGUGUGUUUCCUGCUGUGUCUUUGGGAAGGGGCUUUUCCCCUCCCCUACCUGCCUGACGCCUACCCCCACCCCCCCAACAAAGUGCAGGACCGUCCCACUCUUCCCUUCCCCAACAUACACACUUCAAGUUGGACUUACUGCGCUCUUUGCGGUUUCCCCCCCUGCGGAAGAUGAGGUGUGUUGGCUUCCCCUCCAGGGAGGAUGCAGCAUUCCUGGAUCUGGGUCGGGGGGCUCUUCACGGCACUCAAGGGGGAGCACCCUGUUGGGUGGGGGGGGGUGUCCAAUGGCAACAAAGACACUGGAGCAGUCCCUGCCGGUGGUGAUUAAGGAAUCUGUCCUUUUCACGGCCCACAGCUCCCUUCCAGGGGCGAUGUGGUGAAAGAUCUUUCACACAGAGAUCAGGAGGAAUAAGGAAGAUGAUUUGGGGAAAACUUUUUUAGCAUUUUUUAAUGGAUCACGUCUUUUUUACUUCUCUGCAGUUCAAUGAAAUCAUCCCGUAGUGUCUGUGAAGGCCUGUGGGUCAAUCACUCGGUGCAGAAGUUUCCUGCGGCCUCCCCUCACACACACACAAACACACACACUCACCCGUGCACACCCUCCCGCCUGGGGUCUUCUCUCCCUGGUCCCCAUCACCGCCCAACUGAGGGAUAGAAGCAGUCCAGCUUGUUUGGAAAAGAAGAGUCCAUGGAGGCAGAUGGGUGGUCAAGACACCCUGCUGAGUUGGGGACUUUUAGUUCCUCCCAUCCUAACUUCCUGGUGCCGGAACACCAUGGAAGAAAACCAGAAGGACAUCCCCGUUCCCCUUCGUCUUCCCCGCCUUCCCCAUUCCCCGGCAGACCUCCGGGAGAGACAGUAUCAGGAAGUCCCCUGAAGAGCUCUCGUCCCCGUUUGUGUACGGAUUUUGCCGCAUCCUCCCCCAAUGACUUGGUGCUGAUAUCUCUCCGAAGGUGGGAACUCCUUCCUUCUCCCUCCUCUCGGAGAGCCCUUGGUGGCCUGCAGAUCCACGCUGCGUCUAGACUCCCAACUCGCCCCAUCUUUUGCCUCAGUGAGGCAGUACUGCCACUAACCCAACUCCCCCUCGCUGCCCCUCAAGUUGAUGAGGAGCGGAUCCUCGAGGCCACCCUCGGUCCGACCUGUUCUGGCCCGGAGGCGGGAGCAACCUAGAGACCAGCCCACCCGGAGGGCUCCUCUUCUCUCCUCCGCGCCUGCCUGCCUGCUGAGCCGCAGUCAAGGAAAGGAGAGGCAGAGGGGAGGAGAGCCGGGCUGAGCCGUCCUGAUGUUUGGCACCCCUCUCGUCCUUUUCUGCCUCCUUUCCCCCCCACACCAGAGGAGGAGACGAACCCUUUCCAGGAAAACAGAACUCAUGAUGUGCCCACAUCCCCCACCUCCGCCCCCACUCCAGGGGUACUUCUGCGCAAUCCUUGAUGAAAAUUGUAAUAGGGAAGGCCUGCCUGAGGCCAUUCUUUCCUCCUCAGAAAAGGGGAAAGAAAAACUGCCUAGGAGCAGUUGCGGCCAUGGGUGGGAUCUUCCCUACAGCAGCUUCAUCCUCAGAUGUCCCUUGUAAAACACACAAUACACACACUCACGUGAAUACAUGUGCAUCUCUUCCCUGACACCAGCCCUUGAUCUACUGUAAACCCAGCCACCCAGGGUUGUUCUUUGAGAGGUUUUUCCUUCCCUUGCUUUGGUUCAAUCUUUCAUCCCCCUUAGUCCCAUGUAAAAGAUGAGUUGGUUUUUUUUUGUCUGUGAAGAUUUUACACUGGAUUUUUGUCCCUAUUUCCCCCCAGUCCCCGGGGUUUCCCAGAGAAACUGCCAAAGGGUGAAUUUUCCUUGUGUCUAAAAGGAGUUUGCUGGAGCGUCUGAGAAACUAGUCACAAAUCAAGCAUGUGAGAGAGCAGAGCACUGGGGCAUGAUUUGAGGGAUUGGUGUACCCAGAUCAUGGAUUUCCUGUACUGCUGCCACUCCCAUAAACCAAAAGAAAACCCUACAAAAAUCCCAAGUAACUUCAGUUAGUGCAUAUAUCUGUGUGUCCCUCCUUCCCUCCCCCCUGGCUCUUGGUUCUGAUUCUGUUAAGUAGGCCACAACCAGAAGGCUCAUUAUUUUCAAGGGAUUCUUUACAGAGUCCACCACCUCUUUCCCCCUGCCCCUUUUCCUUUCUAGCCCUUCCCCUCUUUCUCCCAUCCCUCCUGUCACCCCUCU